ACGACUCGGUGUCACUUCUGCUCGCUCUGAUUUGGAAGGAAUUAGUUUGAAAAAAACAAGAGUUCCCUCCGACCAUGAAAUUGACAUUGCUGAUCGUUGCGCUCUUUGGCCUCGCUUUGGCCGAUGAAGAGGACAACUGGAAUUGUAAAAACCCUGACGGAUCAAACGGAAACUGUCAAGACUUCUUCGCUCAGUUCCAACAGUGGCAGGCUAGUCAAUCCAGUGGUGGUAGCGGCGGAAGUGGCGGCAGUGGUGGAAGCGGCGGUAGUGGUGGUUCCGGUGGGGGCGCUGGAGCUGGUGCUGGCGCUGGUGCUGGAGCUGGCGCUGGUGCUGGUGCUGGAGCUGGAGCCGGAGUAGGAGUAGGAGUAGGAACCGGGGUAGGAAUAGGAGCUGGUUUCGGUGGUGGACAGGGACGAACCGUAUACCUUAUCAAUGGCGGUGGUGGUGGUAAUUUCUUGCAAUCUCUCUUUGGUGGUGCAGGCGGUGCCGCCGCUUCUGCCGCUUCCUCCGCCUUCGCCGGAGCUGGUGGAGCUGCCGCCGGAGCCGCAGGUGCUGCAUUUGGAAGAGGAAGAGGAGGAGCAUCAGCUGCUGCCAGCGCCUCUGCCACAGCAUCCGCUGGCGGACUUGGUAGACAAAUCGUUAUCAACCGUCACCACUACAACUUCAACAACUACAACCCAUGCGCCUAUCCUUACAUCAUCUACAACAGGCACAUCUGCUCAGUCCCUCAGUAUCCUAAACCAAGCUUCCCAAGGUUUCCCUCCGUUCCUUCAUAUCCUUCUUAUCCAUCCUACCCCUCCUAUCCUUCCUACCCCUCUCCCUCAUUCGGUUUCGGAGGAUCUGCUUCCGCUGCAUCAUCUGCUUCAUCUUCCGGUUCCGGAAUCUUUGACAGAGUUCUCAGCCCCGGAGGAUUCGGAUCACGAAGAGGUUCCUUGUUCGGUGGCAGCUCUGGUCCUUUCAGCCACCGUGCUGGGCAUGAUCACACUUAUUACCCCAAAACCUUUGGCAGUGGUUACCCACACUGAUUUAUAAUUUAAAGGCGUGACGGUGUCCGGUGAUCCUGUGAUUUUUAAUGUGUCUUGUUUGUUUGUACAUAAAUGUUUGUUAUUUAUAAAUAAAAAAAAAAACAAAAAAACG